CGCUGGCCUAUCAGGGUAAAGGUUAUUACUUUAGUGCCUGAAGUGUCCAAUGAGGAGUAUGCUUCUUACGUGAGGGAAUUUGUCAGACCUAGGUCUGUUUCCUUAACAACAACCCCCCCCCCCCCCAAUUAGGCAUGUUUGUGUUAAUUUGGAAGUACAUCCUAGAUGCCAGGCCUAGAUAUCAAAGUCGCCUUCACUGACUGCAGGAGCGGCAGGAGGACACUAGGACACUCCGUGGCUGGAAAUGGAAAAGAAGAAUGGUCAGGCUGGGGCAGAGCAAUUCUUUAUGGCUAGGGGCUAUUACCCUGCGCAGCCUGACUCCAUUCCUAGUGACCCGAGGCUUUUAACCCACACAAAGAGCAGCUGCAGCUAAGGAGUCAGUGAGCUUUGAGGAUGUGGCUGUGAAGUUCACACAGGAGGAGUGGGCCGUGCUGGAUCCAUCCCAGAAGGAGCUGUACAACGAUGUGAUGCAGGAAACCCUGAGGAACCUGGCCUCUAUAGGAAACAAGUCGGGCAAACAGAAGGUUGUCAAUGAGUAUGAAAAACUAUGGAGCAAACUAAGCAGCCACUUGGUGGAGAAAUUCUGUGACUAUAAUGAAACUCUUCAGUGUGCAGAAAUCUUCAGCUGCAAUCCAGGACACUCUGUGAGCCUGAAAUCUUGUCCAGGACUUGCUACAUUUGAAAAGCAUGUCUAUAAAGAAGGUAGAAUUGGCCAUUCAUCUCUGGGUGUGCCACUGAACCAUCCAGUGGGACCUUAUGAAGACCAGGAACAUGGACAGCCAUUGUAUAAACAUAAGGAGUUUGGGAGCAGCUCCAGUUCUCUGUCCCUUCAGAUGCAUAAAAGCACUCACGCUGGAGAGAAACCUUCCAAAAAUAAGGACUUUGAGGAAGACCUUCCUUGUGUCAGAUCUGGCCAAAUAUGUGAACAAAAUGGCUAUUCAAAGAAGUCGUCUGUGCACAAGCCGUGUGGGAAAGGCUUCACGCCUCCCAGUCCUUUACAGAGGCGUGAGAAGAGUCACGGUGUUAAGAAGCCCUAUGUGUGUGAACUGUGUGGGAAAGGCUUUGCUCGGUUUGGUAACCUUUUAAGGCAUCAGCGAACUGACACAGGUGAGAAUCCUUUUCUGCCUGAUCAUUAUGCAAGAACUCUUCCCCGUCCUGCUUGCCUUAGAAGAAGAAUGAGUAUUCACAGUGGCGAGAAACCCUAUGUGUGUGAACAGUGUGGGAAAACUUUUCUUGAUUCUACUUACUUUCGAAUACAUAGGAGGAUUCACACUGGCGUGAAACCCUAUGUGUGUAAGCAGUGUGGGAAGGCCUUCACUGCUUCUCGUUACCUCAGAUCACAUGAACUCACUCACACUCGGGAAACAUCUUACGUAUGUGAGCAGUGUGGGAGUGCCUUCACGUUUUGGUAUCAAUUUCAAAAGCACAAAGUAACUCAUAGUGGUGUGAAUCCUUAUGUUUGUAAGCAAUGUGGAAAAGGCUUUACUUAUUCCAGUUCCCUAAAAACACAUGAAAGAAUUCAUACGGGUCAGAAGCCCUAUGUGUGUAAGCACUGUGGGAAAACCUUUGGUAGCUCCGGUAACCUUAAAAGACACGGAAGUACUCACACUGGUGAGAGACUCUACGCAUGCAAGCAGUGUGGGAAGUCAUUCAAUAAUCACAGUUCCUUUCAGUUCCACAGUCGAAUGCAUACCGGAGAGAAUCCCUACAAGUGUAAACAGUGUGGGAAGGACCUAGCUUCUUCUUCCUCCCUUCAGAGCCACGAAAGGAAUCACUCUGGAGAGAAGCCCUAUGCGUGUUUGCAAUGCGGGAAAGCUUUCAGUUCUGACAGCUCUCUUCGGAAGCAUAAAAUAAUGCAUAGUGAGGAAAAACCCUAUGUAUGUAAGCACUGUGGGAAAUCUUUCCGUCGCUUUUUCGAGGUUCGGGUACAUGAACGAAUCCACAGUAGCGAGAGACCCUAUGAAUGUGAGACGUGUGGGAGAGGCUUUUUGAGUGCAACUCAUUUACGGAGGCAUGUACCGAUUCAUAGUAGAACAGAUAAGGAUGCUAGUAAAUUAACAUGAGAAACUCCCUGGUAGCUCUCACUAAGUCAAAUUCCAUGAAGUAGAUUAGGCUAACAAUGUGGGGAAGUGUCAGAAAAAUUUGAGAGACGGUAUCCUUUUGAAUCGAAUGUAGGUAUCACUACUAGAAAUUCUCUUCUAAUAAAUGGUAGCAGACACUGGAAAAAUGCUGCAAGCCACGUGAUAAAGUCUUCAGAGUUCUUGUGGAGAAGAUGUUGAAGUAGCUCAUACUGGAGAGAAAGCUUAUGCAAGCCUUUAGUCCUUAGGGGGCCCUCAAGAGACAUUGUAGUUGUCAUUUGGAGAGAAGUCCUUCAUAUAUAAUGUGGUGAUUUGAAUAAGAAUGCUCCAAAUAUGCUUAUAUAUUUGAAUGUUUAAUAACCAGGGAGUGGAAUUGUUUUGAAAGGCUUAUAAGAACUAGAUGGUAUGGCCCUUUUUGGAGUAGAUGUGAACUUUUCGUAGGUGUGACGAUAGGGGGUGGGCUUUGAGGUUUCAAAAGCCUGUGCCAGAUCCAGUUACACGUUCUUUCUGCUUGUUUUUGUGGAUCAGGGGGUAGCUCUCAGCUACUGCUUAAGCUCCCAGACAUGAUGCUAAUGGUCUACAUCUCUGAAACUGUAAGCAAGCUCCCAAUUAAAUGCUUUGUCUUAUAAGAGCUCCUUUGUCAUGGUGUCUCUUCACAGCAGGAGAACAGUGUCGAAGACAUACAGAGGAUCUUAAAAACUUUCAGUCAUCCCAGGUUUUUUGUUUUUUUUUUAACUAGACAUGAAAUAACUCACUGUGGGGUAGCCUAACACACAGGAUUUGUAAAGUCUCCAUUAUCACGUUGGUAGCACUUAAAAAGAAUGCAUUGAGAAAACUCCUAGCAUUGGAGAGCAUGUGGGAAGAUUUCUAGGUUCGACUCAAAAAUUAAGAAGUAGCAAGGUGUGGGAGAGAUACUUGAUUUUAAUCAGACAUUCUCAUCCACCAAGUCUGUGUGCUCCCUCUGGUGAUCAUUCCUUCUCAGGGCUGAGACUAGCUAUGAACAUCACUUCUUACCAGGUGUGGUGGUACGGGCAUGCAAUCCUGCUUGGGAAGCUUGUGAGAAGGAUCCCAGGUUUCAGAACUGUCUGACUAUGUAUUGAAUUCCUGGUAUUCCUAGGGGACCGAGUCCCACUUUUGGGGAUUAUAUCUUGAUAAUGAUAAGUGAGCCCAGAGGAAAUCUCAAGGACUAUUUAAGCAAGUUUGAGUCAAAAGCCACAUACCAGGCCAACUAUUUCCCUCCUCCCUAACCCCAUCUCCCUUUCUAAACUUUUUACAUUUUUACUUCUCAAAUGUGAGUGUUUUGCCUGCAUCCAUAUCUAUGCUGUAUAUGUGUACCUGAAGCCCGAUGAGGCCAGAAGGCAGCAUUGAACCCCCAGAAAGUGGAGUUACAGAUGGUCUGAACCUCCAUGUUGGAAUCUUGGGAAUUAACACCAGGUCCUCUGCGGCCAGUGCACCUAACCACGAAGCCAUGUCUCUGUCUCCAGCCCCUCCUGUUUCUUUGAAGCAGGCUCCGCCUAGGUAACAACUUGACUCUACCCUGUAGCCCAGGAUGCCCUUACAUUCACUACAAUGAUGCCCAUGCCUUACUCUGUCAUCACAGUUUGAAGUCGUAUUUACUGCAUUUUAAGCAAGCACUUUCCCUUACAUAGGUGUCUGGUCUUCUUAGGUAGAUAAGUGGAUAUAGUCACCAUUUGGUCCAUCUUAUUACAUAUUAUUAGUUUCUGAUAGUGCUCAUGCCUAAGAGCAGCUUCAAUAUAUUUAAGCACAGGUAGGUGUUCUAGCCAUCAAGAGACACUGAUAUCAGGAUGCUGCAGUUUGACUUGGUGACCUCCUUCCUGGAAAGGUGGAAGCUUUUUGAAGCCAUCCAUGCCUACAUUUUCGUCUGUUACAGCUAUUUCAGGUGCAUGAUUUAGUGGGUGAGUAUGGCUGUGAUAAACACCACAAGCCAAACAACGUGGGGAGAAAGGGUUUAUCUGGCUUACACUUCCAAAUCACAGUUCAUCAAAGGAACUCAGGACAGGAACUCAGGCAGGGCAGGAACCUGAAGGCUGAUACAGAGGCUAUGGAAGGAUGCUGCUUACUGGCUUGCCCACACUGGCUUGCUCAACGUGCUUUCAUACAGAACCCAGGAGCACCAGCCCAGGGAUGGCACCAUCCAUAAUGGGCUGGGCUCUACCCCAUUAAUCACAAAGUGAGAAGAUGCUCUACAACCUUGCCUUCCACCCAGCCUUGAAGCAUUUUCUCAGUGUUGGUUCCCUCCUCUCAAAUGACUCUAGCCUGUGUCAGGUUGACAUAACUAACCAGUACAGUGCAAGAACACACGAAGGGAAAGGACCGCAGUGCCUGUGUGUGACUUGCUGAUAGGAGUGCCAGGCUGCCAACUGUCAAGACCAGUUCUGUUUUCCUAAUGUGCUCAGUUGGGCAAUCUCACGCCCACAAUCAAGCCUUCCUGUUUAUUUUUUCAGUGUCCUUCGCCUCACCAUAGUCAAUCUAACAUUUAAAACUUUUAUUCUUAUAUAUUUACAUAUAGGUAUGACACAUUUUAAAUUUUUUUAUAUUUAUAUGUGUGAGUAUAGACAUGUGUGACGGUAACCCCAGGGUACAGAAGAGGUUAUUAGAUGCUUUAUGAGUAUUGGUUCUCAACCUGUGGGCUGGGGGCCUUUUAACAACCCUCCCUUUACAAAAAAAAAAAAAAAUUGCAUUACGAUUUCAAUGAGGAACUGUAUUAAAGAGCCACAGCAUUGGGAAGGUUGAGAACCAUUCACUGCCUUAGAGCAAGCUGAGCUGCCAGGGGUGCGUGCUGGAAACUGAAGUCUGGUCCUGCCCAAGAGCAGAAGGUGCUCUUAAUCACCAAGCUAUGUUCCCACAUUCCAAACAUGGCUUUAACCCCAGCAUUUGUUGUCACCACAACAAGAAGAAACAUCUGGCCCAGCAGCAUGGAUUUCAAACCCGGCAAACCGCUGUUCCAUCCCAAAGCCUCUGGGGGCACUGCUCUCACAUUCUCAGACCCAUAUGCAGUCCUGCACAUGUAAACAAAAUUAAAAAGAAAUACUUCAGAAAGG